AUGUACGGAAGAGGCAAAGGCGGCAAGGGACUCGGAAAAGGAGGCGCCAAGCGUCACCGCAAAGUUCUCCGCGAUAACAUCCAGGGAAUCACCAAACCCACUAUCCGCCGUCUGGCUCGCCGCGGCGGCGUGAAGCGUAUUUCCGGUCUGAUCUACGAGGAGACCCGCGGUGUCCUGAAGGUGUUCCUGGAGAAUGUGAUCCGUGACGCAGUCACCUACACCGAGCACGCCAAGAGGAAGACCAUUACCGCCAUGGAUGUGGGACGCACCCUGUACGGUUUUGGCGGUUAA